AUGGCGGGGUAUGGCAUGGGGGGUUAUGUAGGCAACACCCAUGACAAGGCCCGCAUCACACGGCAGGAGAAGGAAAGGGAGGAGGCCAAGCAGAAGUUCGAGGAGGCCAAGCGCAAGGCAGAGGAGGGUGCCGGUCUGAGGAAGUUUGGGGCAGGGACUACAGAGACACUGGAGACAGCAUUCAAGAACGAGACGGUGGGACUGUUCACACGACAAGAGUUUGUCGAGAAGAGAGCUACAAUUGGAGAUCGACUGCAGGAAGAGAAGAAAAGGCAACGAGCUGCAGAGGAGGAGGCUGAGUGGCAGGAGAAAGAGCGACAAAAGGCUGUCAAGGCCAAGAAGGAACAGAAACAUAAGCUGUCCUUUGCUGAGGAUGAGGAGGAGCCUGAGGGGUCGGAUGGAGGGAGGGAUGGGGUGUCGGGUCACGCCCCAAGCACAUCGGCAGCCAAUGACAGCAACGGUACCCCAGGCGCCGCUGCGGCCCCAGCCCAGGGGCCCACGAGGCGACGCUUUGCGACUCUGGGCAAGGAUCCGACCGUCCGGUCCGACUUUCUUCCCGACAAGGAUCGGGACCGCGAGGAGCAAGAAUUGCGGGAGCAGCUCAAACAGGAGUGGGAAGAGAAGCAGGAGGCCAUUCGCGCCGAGCCACUGGACAUCACCUACAGCUACUAUAACGGCACAGGGCACCGCAGGAGCGUGACGGUGAAAAAGGGGUCCACCAUCGGCCAGUUCCUGAAGGCCGUGCAUGAGCAGCUGGCCCAGGAGUUCCGGGAGAUGAGGACGACAUCGGUGAGCAACCUGAUGUACGUCAAGGAGGACAUCAUCCUCCCUCACACCACCUCCUUCUACGAUCUCAUCUUGAACAAGGUGCGCGGCAAGUCCGGCCCCCUCUUCCAAUUCGACCUGGUGGAGCACGCGGUGGCGGCCUUUGACCCCAGGGUCAAGUCCCAGGACUCCCAUGCGGGCAAGGUGGUGGACCGGCACUGGUACACCAAGAACAAGCACAUCUUCCCCGCCUCGCGCUGGGAGGUGUUUGACCUCGACAAGCUCACGCAGGAGCGGGAUACGUGA